GAUUUAGUCGCGAGUCGCUGCUCAGUUCAUCAACAACAUAACGUAAAGGCGGAUGUUUUUUAAUCUUUAAUGUUUAGAAACAACAUUCGAAGCAGAACACAGCACAAUAAUGUUCAAUUGGAAGCCUUUCGUGUGGCUGGCAAUACUCGUAAUUGGGUGCGAUGCAGCGGAAGUCUGCAACGACAAGGAAUGGUAGUGUGAAGAAGACGGAAAGUGUAUCUCGUUCGAUGAUCGGUGUAAUGGGACUCCAGAUUGUGAAUACGGGAGCGACGAGUCCUUCGCGGAGUGCAAGGCUCACCCGGGGUACAUGGAGCGGGGGAAAUUCUACUGUGCCACGGGUGUAGCAAUGAUCGACGCAGUAAUGUGCAACAAUAUUACGGACUGCCCUGAUGGAACAGAUGAACUGCCGCAAUUGUGUGUGGUUGACGUACUAAGAUUCAAGGACUUGAAAGUCCAGGGCAUGUGUAACAGUAGUGAAGAAAUGGAAUGUCUACCUGGGGAGUGCGUGCAUCAGUAUAGAACAUGCGAUGGCCGUAUCGACUGUAGCAAUGGCCGUGAUGAGUCCCUUGAAGUCUGUUUGGAUCCCUGCAAAGGCUGUUUUCAAUGUGCCAACGGAGUGAAAGUCGAUGAGAAGCAUAUCUGCGACAACAAAAUCGACUGCCUGGACGGAUCCGAUGAGUUGUUCAACGUCUGCGACGGGGAAAAAAACUGGGUAAAAGGCCCAGAUAUGAUCUGCAUCGAGCCGCCAGGCGGUUGUUACCUAUUCACCAAUAACACAAAGUUCCAUUCGAAGAACGGAACACGAUUUGUCUAUGCCAAUCAACCAGCCGAGCUGCAAUGCCAGAGAAAAAAUCACACAGUAUGGAAUGUGUGCAUGAACGACGGGUCCUGGCACAGCCCGACCAACCCUGUCUUCGCGAACAGAAACCCGGACACGAAUGGCACAAAUGGCUGUCCAAUGAACUGGUACAACAAUGAGACCAUGAUUAUUUACGAAGUUCACGAAGGCGGCUAUUCCACCAUCACCGAACCACCCAUCCAUAAUAUGCAAGUGAAGUUCGAGUGCCGCAAUAACUACUACUUUCUGCCAUACCUCUCCGCUAACGAUACCAUUAUAUGCCAUAACAAACAUUGGAUAAUCGAGGACUUCAAUCCGCGCUGCACCAAGCUUUGCAAUCCGAGCGAGCUAACCAAACUUUAUUCUAUGAGUCCCAUAUGCAAGCACGGCGAGAAUGGAAGACGCGUCAAUUGCCAGUUGGACAAAUACUCCCUGACUCCUGAUACCCGGGUGGAGUUCGUAUGCGCCGAGGGCUUCACGGACCUGACCAGUGAUAAGAACAUUGUAACUUGCAACGAAAAUGGCGUAUGGGAGGGCUUGCAGGACCUGUGCUUGAAUCAGAUUAAACUGUGCGAGUACGGAUGCCACUCUCGGCGCCAUAAGGCUGUCACAUUUAGCAAAUCGGGCGAUCCAACAAACUCCCAUCACGCAUCCUGGGUCGUACCCAUUUAUACGAAUAAGAACGAUACGCAAUAUAAAUUCGCGUGUGUUGGCAAUCUGAUCGGACUGCAUGUCGUAUUGACUGCAGCCCAUUGCAUAAUGUAUCUGAAGCCAGACGAAAUACGCGUUGGAACGACCGGCAACCGAUCCGAGGUAAUAACAAUUACUGAAGAGUACUAUGCGGUUGAACAGGUUGAAAAGUACAUAGCGUAUGAAAAAAAUAGCCACAACCACGAUCUAGGAAUUAUCAUACUGAAAAGGCAUAUAAAGCUCCGUGAAGAUCUGCAAGUUGUUUGUCUGCCAUACGACCUGAAAACUCCUAUAAACUUGAACGGUUCAUCUUUAGAAGUGUUUUCUUGGUCGGCCACUGGCUUUUUGACGAGCGUCUCCGGUGCCAUCACAGUGCGAAAAGAGCACAGUGGCGAUGUGGGAAUAAACCUACUAGACGAUAAGAAACUCUGUCAUGGGGACAGUGGAGCCGGGGUGAUCGUGCCGUGUGAAACCUCAGCGCUGUGCUUAGUCGGUGUGGUUAGCAGAUCAGAGAUGGCAGUGGAUCGUCUAACAAACUGCUCUGGCGAUGUGACUGCCGCCAGCAUAGUUGCCAAAAACGUUCAAGAUUGGAUUAAAGAGAACAUAAAUAUUUAUUCGAUCUGCCCGACUAGCUAGUAUUUAUCUUCUUUCCGUAACGGCCCAGUUUAUCUGCAUUUCUAUAAGUAGCGUUACAUAUAUUAUUUCCACGAUCUGCAUACGAAUAAAGCCCUUAGUAAUUAAAUCAAAUAUUAAAUAUCGUAACAGAAAAAGUACUUUCUGAAAUGCUAAAUACUUGCAUUCACAGAUCAAGUUUAUCAGACUGAAUACACAACACAAAGAGAACAGAGAUAAGCCAAGAAUCAAGCGCUCUAACACACAUAUAUAUGUAUAUAGUACGAGUACUAUCUGACCCGGUAAAUCAUUUGCCGCAUUGUUGUGAACUGUUUCUGUUGCUCCGCUUCUUCUGCGACUUCAGGAGACGACUUGCAUCGGGAUCCGUGCCGAUGAGAGGUUCUGGUGGUGACCGAAUUUCCGGUAGUUGGGCUGACUAAUUUUUGGAUUUGGCAUUCUUUUU